GCGCCGCACAAAGGGGCCGCUGUCGCGCCCGCCCGGCCCGCCCCUGCGGCCGCCCCUCGGCUGGUGGCCGCCCCGGGUCCCAGCUGCUCCUCCCUCUCGCGCUCUCUCCCCGGCUCCCGACUGCCCCCUCGGAGACGACUCCGGGGUCGGCGCCCGGGGCCCGCCGGCUCGGCGGGCUUAGACCCGGUCGGGGUGAGGGCUGCGCCGGACAGACUGGACCCAAGGAACCAAACUCCGGGCGCCCAGCGGAGGAGCCGCCGCCACCGCCCCCUUCACUAUGGACCCUCCAUCCCUGGACACAGCCAUCCAGCAUACCCUUGCCGGCCUCUACCCUCCCUUUGAGGCGACAGCGUCUACUGUGCUGGCCCAGGUGUUCCGGCUGCUGGAUUCAGACUUCGGGGGCGACGGCCUGAGCUUCCUGCUGAAUUUCCUGAUCCCAGCCAAGCGCUUGUGUGAGCAAGUGCGAGAGGCAGCCUGUGCCCCCUACUCGCACCGCCUCUUCCUGCACCAGGGCUGGCCGCUCUGCCUGCGGGAGGAGGUUGUGCUCCACCUGGCUCCUCUCAGUGCCCUCCUGCUGCGCCCUGGGGACUUCUAUCUCCAAGUCGAGCCCCGGGAGGAGCAAUCCGUUCGCAUCACCGUCAAGUACCUCUCUUCGGACCUCCGCAGUGUGGACCGGAAGCCCAUCCCUGCAUCAUCCUACCCUGUGCUUUUCACCCGGGAGUGGCUAGAGGCCAUCAACAGUGACCUGGAGGGAAGAGCCCUCCGGAACUGCCUGGUCGCUUCAGAAAAUGGAAUUGCACCUGUGUCUUGGACCAAACUCACUAGUCCAGAGUUUGUGGAUGCUGGACCACAAGCCUUGAGUGUUGUCUCUCCAGCUGGGAGGCCCCCUCCACCAGAAGCACUGAGUUUGAGUGACCCCCAAGAGCUGCACGAGGCUGGCUCCCCAAGCAGUGGGGUGUUUGGCAGCCAGGGUCUGGCUGCGGGCAAGGGCAGGACUCAUGGGAACAAGUAUCCGGGGCUCAUCAAGGUGCAGCAGGCCAGGCCUGGUGAGGAGGCCUUGCAGCUGGACCACGGGGUCAGCCAGGAUUGCGGAGGAGACUAUGUGGUGCUCCUGGACUUAUCCAAAGCCAGCAAUGGAGGGUCUCCUGGGAGGGAGGUGGUGUCCCCCAGGGCUGGUGCUUUGGGGACACCAACCAGGCUCUCUGGAACUCAGGACAUCCCUGACUGUCAGAGAAUGCUGCCACUCCCGUGUGAUAGUGGGGAACUGGCCUUGGGAUUGGCUUCUGUGCAGCCAGCAAGCUCCCAAGAGGAACCUGGCAUUGGACGCCAGAAACCAAAGAUGGUCCUUGAUGCACGUGCCGGUGAUUUGGGACAGCAAUGCCCAGAGCCCAACCUGGAUGUGCUUGAGGAGCGGCUGGACUGCACAACUGACCUUAGGGCUGGUGUCUCCAAAGAACCAGCCGCCUCUGAGACACAGAGGUGGCUGGGAAAGCCAGAGACCAGGACCCAAUCCAGGUCCGGACCCAGACAGGCUUCCUCUCCUCGCCUGGUCCCAGCCUCUGCUGCAGCCCCAGCUGUUGCAGCCAAGGUGAAGACCCAACAUGGAAAUGGGAGACUCCCCAAGCUCAUGGUCUGUCCUGGUGGAGACCCUUCCUCCUUUGGGUCCCCAACUCCUGGGCUGCACUUCUCAUUGCUAGAAGGGCCGAAGCCGUCCCCUGUGCCUCCAGCAGAGGCCUCACCCCAGCUGGACUCCCCCAGAUCCCAGGAAGCCAAAGCCUUAGGGAAAGAUGGGACAGCUCAGACCAAAACAUCUGGCUCAGCCGCUGACUCAGGCCUGGGGCCCAGAGCUCAGACGGCCUUCCCACCAGCUUCAGCAAGCCGCCCCCAGAGAGGCCCCACUGCCGGGCGUGAGGAGCCCCUAGGGCCUGCACCAGGGACUGGGGCUCCGGGUGACAAGAUUCUCCACUCCAGGAUAGCAUGCCUGCCAGGCAGCCGGGACAGGGCUGGGCGGCCGCUGCUGCUGGUGUCCACCAGCCAAGGGGCCUGGGAGGAGUCCUGGUGCACAGCCUCAGAGGUUACUCAGCUGCUGUCCUACCUGUGUGCCAUCCCCAGGCCCGAAGAGGAAGCCAAGGGGGUGGUGGUGGUGAUGGAUGCCAGGAAGCAGCCCCCACAGGCCGGUCUGCUGGGUGCCCUGCAGGCUGCCCAGGCGCUGGCUCCUGCCUGUAUCCGAAAUGUCCUCUUCCUGGGGGAGGAGCAGGGAGCUCUCCAGCUGAAGACGAACCCCGACGUCCAGGUGGAAGUGCUGCCCUCCCUGGAGGCCCUCAGCCAGCACGUGGAGCCCGGCCAGCUGCCCGCAGCCCUGGGAGGCCCCUUCCCCUACUGCCACAGCGAGUGGGUGCAAUUCUUCCAGAGGCUGGACCCUUUCCUGGCUGCCCUGCACCAGGCCUCAUCCCUGCUACGGGCAUCCAUCGAGGAGUUCGAGAAGGGGGACCUCCCUGAGGGGGUGCAGGAGGCCACCAGGUACAUGAGCAAGUUCAAGGAACUGAUGGAGGUUGUGUUGAGAGAUCCGUGCCUCCUGGGCCUCCAGCGGGAAGGUGGUGCCACCUUGGCCAGGCUGCGGGGUGAGGCUGGCCGGUUGGAUGCCAACCCAGACGUCAGGGCCCAUCUGGCUGAGGCCACCACUCUGUAUGGCCUCGUGGAAGAGCAGCUUCAUGUCCUGGUCGCCACAUCCAACCACCUCCUAGGGAAGUUGGAUCUCCGAGUUCGCCUGGGUCACCUGGAAGGUGCCAUCCACCAGGUCAGCGAGUGGAUGGAGCAGCAGGGCAGCCGGUGCCUGCAGGCGCUGACCCCUGAGGAUGGCAGCCUGGAGACUGUGGAGAAGGCACACGCUGAGUUUGAAGACUUCUUCCUGCAGGCUGCGGCCCAGUACCGCCGAGGCCUGGAGCUGUCCAAGCAGGCGGCACAGCUGGGAGCUGCAGCCGGAGGCGGCUCAGGCGAGGCGGGGCGAACAGGAUUCCCGGAGCUGGCAGCCUUCGCCCGUACACAGCGGGCCUUCCAAGCUAAGCUGACCCACUUCUACAUGGCAGCCGAGCGCCAGCGCACAGACCUGGAGACACUGCUCCACCUGCACCGCUUCUGCAAGAAGCUAGCCUGGUUCCACAUGGAUUGUCAGGACCUGGUGAGCCAGCUCAGGCUGGGCAAAGGCCAACGGGCCAGCCCUGGGGAUCAGCGCCGCCUUCACCGCUACAUGCAGCGCCUGGUGUCUGAGUUCCCCACCGAGAAAUUCACAGCCAUGGAGCUGCAGGUGGCCUCCCUGAGCCAGGCCGGUCUGGGCCAGGACCUGUGGGAGGAGGCCCGGGCAAGACACGAGGAGACUCAGGCCCUCCUGCACAAGGCCCUGGCCCACUGUCCAAGCACGGGGUUACCCACUGCCCACAGGACACCCCCCGAGCUGAGGGGAGUGGCUGCCAAGGGCCAGGGGUCCAAUGCAGAGGUCACUUCCAAGGGCAAGAGGGACGUGCCCCUGCAGGACUCGCCAGGUAUGGAUCAGCUGGCCAAAUCCCGCUGGCCGCCUCGGGGUGCCCGAGGGAGGCCAGACGGAAAUUGCGAGUCUGGCCAGGCUGGGCACACAGAGCUCGCCCCCGAGCGGUUUCUUGCAGCCCUCUUCCGGCCACGACUCCCUAAGUCCAGCCGGGGCCCCCGGACCCCUGGAGGCAGCUUCUCUUCAGAGGGCACCGACUCACAGACAUCCCUGGAGGACUCACCCCAGACCAGUCCCCUUGCGUCCCUCUAGCUGUGGACCCAUGGGCUGCACCAGACUCAAGGCUGUCAAACCCUUAUUCACUUGUACCUGGAGGACAAGCAACUGUCCCCACCACUGCAGAACAUUCUGGGCAGGCCCUGCUGAUACCUGCCAUGAAGCGUGCAAAGGUUUGGUGGGGGACACCACCAUCACUGUGUACCCUCCCAGGGGGCUCUGGCUUAGGCAGGCCCAGCUGCCACCCUGAGUUGAAGAAGGAACAUAGCUGCCCCCUUGGGCUCCAGGCUAGAGGAGCUCACUGUUGGGAAGAUGUGGGAAUGGUUUCCUGCCUUAGGGUACCAUGGCAACACCCCCUGAAGCAAGGAUUGGAUUUGACUUUGGCCGUGACCCCAGGAUCCACAGGGCAGGGCAGCCGAGUCUGGAGAGGAAAUGGAGGGUCUACAAUCCCACAGCCUCCCACACGGGCCUCCUCCGGAAGGCAGCUGAGAACGUGAGCACCUGCCCCCGAUGAUCCUACGGAGGCCUGUGAGAGCCAGGCUACUCACUCACCAGCUCCUGGAGGUUAGUUUUGUGAGCUGCCGGCAAAGCUCCGUUGGCCUCAGCCAAGAGCACCUCCUGCUGAGGCCGGGGGUCACCUCUGUGCGUGCCAGGGGAAGGGCAAGGCAGAGGUGGGAGAGGCUGCUGCGCCCCCUCCACCUUGGUUCCUGGGCCACCCUUCUGAUUCACACAGCCCACAGUACUAUAGAA